GUCACACUCUCAACAACAGUUUCUCUGUAAAGGCAUUCCGAGGAUUCCUCGCGCUUCACCCUCUCUACCUGUCCGACAGGUGUAGCCGGCUGUCGGCUGACGCGCUCCGAGGCUGUGGAGGGGACGGCGGCUCUAACAGGGGGGCAAAUCAAUGGUCAUCUAUGGGUGAGUGUCUGCGCAGAGCUUGCCCAUGUCUGGACUCACUAUGGGACAGGAUUUUCACCAACAAGAAGCCUCCUCCUGGAGCAGGAGCAGGAGCAGGAGGAGGAGGUGUUGAUAGUGGAGGAGGAAGGGAAAAAAGCAGCAGUGACGGCGGCGAUGAGGAGAGAUCACCGACUCCGGUAACUCCGGAGAGGGUGCCGGAGAGCGGCUCCAUCUACACGGCGCUGUGGCCGUUUGACGCGCGGCACGCGGACGAGCUGUCCUUCCAGGAGGGAGACCUGUUCAGCGUGAUCAGCCGCACCGGGGACUGGUGGACCGCGCGCAGGAUCGACAAGAACGGGCGCGUGCUGGACACCGGGAUCGUGCCCAAAAACUACCUGGACCGGGCCGAGUCCCUACAAAUGCAACCGUGGUUUUUUGGGACAAUGAACCGCUUUGAGGCCCAAAGCCACCUGCUGGGACCAGGAAAUGACAACGGAGCUUUUCUCAUCCGACACAGCGAGAAAGACAGCGUCGGAUACGUUCUUUCAGUGAGGUCAGGAAGUCGAGUGAAGCAUUUCAAGGUCCAUCAAGCAGAUGAGAGCGAGUUUCACGUGGAGCACAACCACCACUUCACCUCUCUGAUCGACCUGGUGGAGCACUACUGCACCAACAGCCUGAGCAACACCGGCAAACUGGGAACCGCCUGCAAGAGGAAAAAGCCCAGCACCCAAGAUUUGAAUCACUUUACGGUGGACGAGUGGGAGCUCCCGAAAGAGGAGUUCACUCUGGAGGAGGAGCUGCUGGGCAGCGGCUACUUCGCAGACGUCUACCGCGGACGCUGGAAAAACCACAUUAACGUCGCCAUCAAGAUCAUCAAGAGUGACUCGGAGUUGAACCACCGUGAAUUUCAGCGGGAAGUUCAGAUCCUAAAGAGUCUCCGCCAUCGUCACCUCAUCUCUCUGUUUGCCGUCUGCACGGCGUCGGCGCCGUAUUACAUCAUCACCGAGCUGAUGGAGAAAGGCAGCCUGCUCAGCUUCCUCAGAGGUCCAGAGGGACAGCAUCAAGACGUUGCGUCACUCAUUGACAUGGGGGCCCAGGUGGCUGAUGGGAUGUCCUAUCUGGAGGAGAAGAACAGCAUCCACAGAGAUCUGGCGGCUCGAAACGUCCUGGUGGGCGAGGACUACAUCUGCAAAGUGGCUGACUUUGGACUGGCCAGAGUGAUCAAGGAGCCGUUCUACAUCACAGAGGAUAAAAAGAUUCCCUACAAGUGGAGCGCUCCCGAGGCCAUCAGCCACGGGAAGUUCUCCAACAAGUCGGACGUCUGGUCUUUUGGUGUCUUGCUCUACGAGAUCAUCACAUACGGAGGCGUUCCUUAUCCAGCUUUUAGCACCCAGGAGGUGUACCAGCAGGUGAUCAAAGGCUACAGGAUGCCGGCGCCGUCCAAAUGUCCCGACUUCCUCUACAGAACCAUGCUGAAAUGUUGGAGCUUGGAGCCCGAAGACCGGCCCGACUUUAAGUCCCUCAGGGUCAAACUGGACAGCGGCUCGUACGAGUGGGACACCGAUGACGGUGGCGUGACGUCGGGGUUGUGAUCGUUUUUACGGAGGACUCUUUUUUUUGUAAAAAAACAAAAAAAAAACAAAAAACAAAACUGAUUUUACCGACUUUGUGCGUACACAAAGACUUUGAUUGUGUGUUUGCAGUCUGCAAACCUGCGAAGCUUAAUGUAUUUAAUUCAGUCCACUAAGGCUGCAACUAUCACCUGUUUUCAUUAUUGAUUACUAUGAUGAUUUUUUUUUCAAAGCUGAAACCAUUUGAAAAAUGAAUUGACAGCAAUAUCUAUAAUUGAUUGGCCAGCUGGUUCCAGCUUGUACAAUAUGAGAAUUUGAAGGUUUAAUUAGUUUUCUAUGAUAAUAAACUGAAACAUCUUUUGUCUA